AUGCCUCCGUUUGAUAACGAUUGGAUAGUUCAGGAUGAGGAUGAAGAGGCUGAGCUCGACGAACAGGAUUAUAGUUCCCAAAGAGCUGCGAUCUUAUUUUGUAUAGAUGUCACUCCUGAGAUCCUUGAGCCCCGUAUAUCACCGAGCGGCGAUAAAAGUCCUUGUGCUCUCGAAUUAAUAUUUCAAGCAGCAGUUGAUCUACAAAAGCGAAAGAUUGUUCAUGGGCCGGGAGACGCAGUGGGGAUCAUGUUGUUUAAUACGCACGUUUCUCAGGUCAACGCCCCAGCUAUUCAGAAAUUGCUCCAGUUGCUCAACGAGGCCGAAGAUAAUCCCGAAUACUUUUCGAUGCUAUUCUCCCCUUCCGACAAAUAUGUUUCAAUGCAUAACCUUUUUCUGACUUGUAGCCAUGUUCUGCGGGAUGGAGUUCCCAAGGCUACCUCAAAGCGUAUAUUCUUCUUUACUGAUAAGGAUGAUCCCGAGUUUGGAAAUGCUACUAAAAGGCAGGCCGCACAAAAAGCAGUCGAGGACCUAUACAAUGCAGGAAUUGGGAUCCAGCCUUUCUUCAUGGCCCAGCCUGGACAACCUUUCGAAGUCGAUAAAUUUUAUUCCAGAGUUCUCUCUCGCCCUGGAGACGAAUUGGGCGAUGAUGUUACUGUGAACGUACACGAAACUUUCGAUAAAUUACUGACGGAUAUGCGACUGCAUGAAGCUACCACUCGAACUCUUUUCAACAUCCCUAUGCAGUUGGGUGAUGGCUUGACAAUUGGAGUCAAAGCGUACGGUCUGAUAACUGAACAACGCAAAGGGACAUACAAAUAUUUUUCUAAUAUGGGGAAAAGCAUAGAAGAAGUGUUUCCAAAAACAGUAUAUUUCGACGAGGAACAAGAACAAGAAGUACCCAAAGAAUCUAUUGUAUUUGGUUAUCAAUUUGGAACUGGCCAGCCCGAAGUUUCGGAGGAAGAUGUGGAUGCACCUGUCAUCAAAGAUAAGGUGUUUUAUACACCAGAAGAAAUGAAGGCCUUUAGGACCUUUAAUAUCAAUCCAAGUAUUAAAAUUCUGGGGUUCAAAGACAUCAAGACCCUCCCCUUCGAUGCCAACGUGAAGCGUUCGAUAUUUAUACAUCCCAAUGAAGCGGCAUUCACUGGUAGCAUCCGUACAUUCAAGGCGCUCUUGGACUCAAUGCUUAGCAAGAAAAAGUAUGCACUAACACGAUGCCUGUUUCGGAAAAACUCGGCCAUAAUUUUCUGCGCUAUGCUUCCUCAAGAGGAGCUAAGAGAUGAAGAUGAACACCAAAUUGAACCCGGUGGAUUCCAUUUGAUCCCACUACCUUAUGCGGAUGAUAUCCGGCAACCUACUGUGGAGCGAUCUGCUCAUUGUUCACCACAUCUACGCAAGUUGGCAGUAGAUGUUAUUCAGCGCAUGGUCUACAGCGCUGGAUAUAAUCCAGAUGAUAUUUCUAACCCUGCACUGGCAUUGCACUAUGGCUUCCUCCAGGCCGAGGCAUUUGGGGAGGAAUAUAACCCCGAAGAGGACUUUAAUGACAAAUCAGCGCCUCGGUUCAACGUCAUUCAGAGGAGAGCCGGAGGACUCAUAGAAGCUUGGCACCAGGCACUGGACCAAGAUCCUGAGGCAGCCGAGAUGGCAGUGGAACCAAAAGUAGGCACCAAGCGCAAAGUGGGCGCUGUGGAUGAGCUUGUCGUCCGAGCUCAUUAUGAUGAUAAUAUCUUGAACAAGCUUACCGUUGAGCAACUCAAAACGUAUCUCAAAGCCCACAGUCAGCCAUACAGUGGCAAGAAGAAUGACCUUAUUGAGAGGGUCCAAGAUUGGUGUGCGACGCAUCCAGCGUAG